CAGGCGGCUCUCGUGGAGGCAGCUAGCGCGAGGCUGGGGAGCGCUGAGCCGCGCGUCGUGCCCUGCGCUGCCCAGACUAGCGAACAAUACAGGUACGUCUCGCACCGCCCUCGCCCGCCGCCGCCGCCGCUCCUGCAGCUGCAGCGGCGCCCGCACAACUUUCCACCCGCGCCUCCGCGAGCGCGCCGCUACCACUCUGGCUGUCUCCACUCCCGCGUCCUUGCCGCCCCUUCUUCUCUGCUGCUAGGUGGCCAAGAAGGAAGACGCAAUUCAGGUGCCUCAACUUUUCCAGUGCCUGCGCUCCAGCCUGCUGCUUCUCAGUCAGGAUGGCUAAAGGUGACCCCAAGAAACCAAAGGGCAAGAUGUCUGCUUAUGCCUUCUUCGUGCAGACAUGCAGGGAAGAACAUAAGAAGAAAAACCCGGAGGUUCCCGUCAAUUUUGCAGAGUUUUCCAAGAAGUGCUCUGAGAGGUGGAAGACCAUGUCUAGCAAAGAGAAAUCAAAGUUUGAUGAAAUGGCAAAGGCAGAUAAAGUACGCUAUGAUCGGGAGAUGAAAGAUUAUGGACCAGCUAAGGGAGGCAAGAAGAAGAAGGACCCAAAUGCCCCCAAAAGACCUCCGUCUGGAUUUUUCUUAUUUUGCUCUGAAUUCCGCCCCAAGAUCAAAUCCACAAACCCUGGCAUCUCCAUUGGAGAUGUGGCAAAAAAGCUGGGUGAGAUGUGGAAUAACUUAAGUGACAGUGAAAAGCAGCCUUACAUCAGCAAGGCAGCGAAGCUGAAGGAGAAGUAUGAGAAGGAUGUUGCUGACUAUAAGUCUAAAGGGAAGUUUGAUGGUGCCAAGGGUCCUGCUAAAGUUGCCCGGAAAAAGGUGGAAGAAGAGGAAGAGGAGGAGGAAGAGGAAGAAGAGGAAGAGGAAGAGGAAGAAGAUGAAUAAAAACUCUGUCUCCUUGUGAAUACCUUAGAGUAGGAGAGCGCUGUGAUUGACACAUCUCUUAUUUGAGUCGUGUCUAUUGCCCUUGUUAGGUUUAAUUACAAAAUUUGAUCACGAUCAUAUUGUAGUUUCUCAAAGUGUCAGUGGUUUACAUGAAGUGGCCGUGGGUGUCCGGAGCNCCCUGAAACUGUAUCAAAGUUGUACAUAGCUCCAAACAUUUUUAAAUUGAAAAGGCACUCUCACGUCCUCCUCACUCAGUGCACUUUGCUGUUGGUGUGACAAGGCAAUUGAAGAUGUUUCUGGCAUUUUGUUCUCAACUCAUAAGGUAGUGUUAACUGUAUGGUUGUUGGCUAGCAAUCCUGAGUUGUCAACUGUACAUAUCUAUAGUUUGUAAAGAGAACAAAACAACCCAGACAGAAUCUUGACGCUCCUUGUUUGGCGUGGAGGCUGUGAGGGGAAAGAUGCCCUUUGGAGGGUGCCGUAGCUCAGGGCGUGCACUGUGAGGCUGGACCUGUUGAUACUGCGGUGGGCAUCCAUUUAGCUUCAGGUUGUCUUGUUUUUGUAUAUAGUGGCA